GUUGCAACGUUGACUUCCGGUUUUUCUCUGUGGUGGGGAAGAAGGCUACUUCCGGAUUCAGAUUGAAUCCCACCCACUUAGAGAUAGGAUACCCUGUCAGAGACCCUCACCUGGGCACCUUGGAAGUGCCAGUUUCCAGCACCAGAUCAUCUAUGUCCCACUGGAGUGUAUCCGAUAGUGCAAACCAGAAAAAGCAAACCAAUGCAUCACGGCAGGCAAAUCAGAAUGGAUCACGGCAGGGAAAUCUGAUUCCUUUAGGUCAUGCGGCAACUUUGAAUGAACAUAAUACUGAUGUGUCUCAUUCCCAUGGACAUGGAUAUGUCAAGAGUACAAGCCAGAAGACAAACAGCUCUCAACCACAAAGGAGCACCAUGUCUUCUUCAGAACAAUUGCCAGACCUUUCAAGCUUGGAAACAAGUGAUAACAGAAGCCAAGAAUCUGUCUCCAGACGCUUAUCAGUAGUAUCAGAAUUCCCAUUGCAACGAAAGCAACUGUUCAAUCUCUUUGAUCUCAUCCCAGGGUUGGAAGCUUGUGAACUUCAUCAGGGACUUUACAGUAAACGCACCUAUACAAUGGUUCAAUAUAGUAAUGUUGCAUCAGCGGUCUUUGCCAAAAACAGACUAAAUGGUUUUGAAUAUCCUUUUGGGAAUCAUCUGCUUGUUACUUUUAUUGAAGAUGAAACUGAUGAAACUGACCUCUUUGAAGAAAUGGCAACAGAACUGGUGAAUGCAGAGAUGUUAUCAGUAAUAUGGAAAGACAAUUCAGUUCUUCAGCUUCUGGGCUCUUCUGAGAUCCCGGUUCCUCCUCGUCUUGAAACAGAUGCUGAGCUUCCUUCAAUCAAAAGGAAAGCUCCUCCUGACUCUCCUGUGCGGGAAAGGCUUCUCAUAAUAUUUGACCCUCGCCCCUUACCUCCAGAUAUCUUGGACAAUGUAUUAAGUCGAUUUGGAAAUUUUAUAAAAGUUUACCUUAUUCCUGGGGAAAAUAUGGGUCAUGCCAUGUUUGCUGACAGAGCAAGUGCUAGUGAUGCCAUAGCAGUGUUACAAGGGAAGACUGUGAAUGGUGUGAAGUUGAAGGUGACACUAUCUGAUUUGCCUGCAGAGAACCCCACAAAAUCCCAAAGGAUGUUGUGACCAAACAGAACAAAUCUAUCAGGAGCCUCAACGAAUGGUCUGAAAAUGUGCUUGGACUUUUGAUGUGAUGGAUUUGCAGAGUUCUGUGACAAGCUUUUUUUAAAAUAAAUAUUGAGUUUUGAAUUCCACUUUUGUAUAAAAAAUAUUUUAUAUAAUUAAAAAACUGAGUAUAACAUUUCUUGUAAUUAUUCAUUCUGGACUUUAGUAAAUAGAUACGUCUGAAAUUGGCUGUUGGCUGAAAUUAUGCCUCGUUAGAAAAUUCUAACAAAAGAAAUUAAAUAUCUACAUUGGCCUGAGUGAUUAUAUCAAUCGGUAAAGAUUAUUGUAUGUCAGACAUCUCAUGAUAUGACAUGAUGCACCGGAAAAGUUUGGUAAGAUGGAAAGCGAUAGGAAAAGAGGAAGACCACACUACAAUUAAAUUGAUACAAUGAAGGAAGCCAGAGCCCUGAGUUUGCCAGACAUGAGGAGAACAGUGGAUGACUGGAGCUCUUGAAGGUUGCUCAUUCAUUGGUUACGUACAGUUGAAACUGAAUUGACAGGAUGUAACAACCUAGUGAUAAGGUGACCGAUUUUGGUGAACCAGGGAGGCACUUUUUACCAUGUUGGGCCCCAUCAGGAUUGGAAAUAGUCUCCAAAAUCAAAAAUCAAAACUAUGAGUGCUUGGGUAUACCUUUCUAGUUUAAAUUAAUAUAGGCAGAUGAAGGAUUUAGGAAGAAUAAAUAUAACAAGAGUAUACUAUAUUUCUUUGUGGUAAUUAUUUUUGUGUACAAUCUUGUUAUGUUUAUACUUCUAUUAUACCCUAUUGUGCUUUAUGUUACUUUAAUAUCCUUUCCCGAUUUGUAUUUUCAUAGUCCUCUAUCUUUAGACACUCCUGCUCUCACAUCUCAUUGCUAAAUCUGUGCCCUCCCUUCAUCAUUUGCCACUGAAUAAAUCUUUCAAAUUUA